CUUCAGCAGUGCUAAGGAGCUGAAGGCAGAGAUGAGAGCAGUCUACAGAGAAAGAGACAGGCUGGAGCUGCUAGUGAAGAGACUCCACAGCCUGAGUUUUGGUAACAGCCAGGAUCUGGCCAAGAUGAAGACACAACAACAACAGCUGAAACUGGAGCUGGAGGACAGACAGGCCCAACAUGAACGGACUCAGAAAGAGAAUGUUGUCAAGUACAUCGAGCUACUGGAAGACAGACUGCACAGUUGUGGCUGUCCCCCUCUGCAGCGUAUCUGGGAGGCUGAUCUAGAAGCCUGUCACCUCCUCCUCCGAGGCAUCCAGCUGCGUACCCCCUUCUGUAGUGGUCCGGACCCUGCCACAGUGGUACUACCCAGCCCCCAACCAGCCACUAAACAAGAAGCAGAUCUGCAGGAAUGUGCCAUGUUGACGGCUCUGGGGGGGCGCUGGUGCCCCGAGGCCAACCUACAGAACUCAGAGUUCACCAAGAAAUUGGAAGAGUUUUUAUUCUGCAUGGAGGAUGUUCAGCCAGAGGAGGACAGUGGCAGUGAAGCAGCAGAGCUAACAGCAGACCUGACUAUAGAGCUGACAGACCAGUGUGAGGAGAUCAGUGAUAGGCUGUUGAUUCUGGAGGAUGACCUCCAGACAGCCAUACAGAACAAAGACCCGGAUCUCACUCAUAUCCUUUACCUCUUACUGUACGGUGUGUGAGUUACCAGAGGG